AUGCUGUCAGACAAGCUGCUAGACUUAUUCAACCUCCACAAAGCGCAGGAAGUUCUCACCAAUGUCAACAUCUCCAAGAUUUUCCUCUUCACACUCGCCCUCGCACUCACCGCCGUCAUCAUUGACUAUGGUUACAUGCUAUGGCUUCGCUCCAAAAUGCCUCCGGGCCCCUUUCCCUGGCCCAUCAUAGGAAACACCUUCUCCUUACCGGAAAACAAACCAUGGAUCUACUUUGAAGAGCUAUCUAAGAAGUAUCAGACGCCUCUUAUUACGUUCUGGAUAGGCCGAAACCCAACAAUCUGGAUCAACGACGCCUGGGCCGCCCACGACAUCCUCGAGAAAAAGGCCCCAAUCUACGCCUCGCGUCCACGAAUGGUCGUCUUCGGCGAACUCGGCACCGGGCAGAACAACCUCGUGACGAUGCGCAUCCUGAACAACAGCGACCGGGACCACUGGCGAAUUCACCGGAAGCUGAUGCAUGUGGGUGUGGGCAUCCAGUCUGUUCGCGGGUACAGGGAGAUCCAGAAUAAUGAGUCGAAAAUCGUUGCGCUGGAUUAUUUAAGAGAGCCGAAGGAGUAUGUCAAACAUCUGGAACGGUAUGCGACGAGUGUGGUUAGCAUCAUUGCGUUUGGAAGGAGGGUCAAGAGUUGUGAGGAUCCGAUUAUCACGGAGGUCAUUGCGCUUAUGCAGCUGGCGGCGGAUUUGAAUGUCCCGGGGAAGAGGUUUCCUAUGUUACUUGAAACCUUCCCAUUCCUCGCCCGUUUCCCCCGCUGGUUCCCCUUCUUCAAAGGCAUCGGCUACCGCGGCGGCGGUUCCGGUCAAAAGAGCGGCCGCGGUGGACACUACUUCUUCCACUCCCUGGCCCUCGAAGCCCUAGAACAAUAUGAAUCCAAGUCCCCCGCUCUCAAAGCGUCGAUGCCCACACCCUACAUAAAAACCCUAAUGGACGAGUCCAUCAAAUCCAACCUACCAGAAUCCGAACUCUCUUCCUUGACAGGGAACCUCUUCGGCGCCGGCUCCGACACUUCUUCUUCCACCUUAAUAACGUUCAUGCUAGCAUGCUGCGCCUUCCCCGACGCCAUGGUUAAAGCCCAAUCCGAACUCGACAGGGUUAUCGGUUCAGGGAGAAGUCCGCACUGGGACGAUGUCCCCAACCUUCCGUACAUCAACGCCUUUGUCAAAGAGGUACUGAGAUGGCGCUCCGUCGCUAUCAUCGGGGGCCAACCGCACUCUAACACCCAACCCGAUUACUAUAAAGGGUAUUACAUACCAGCGCACAGCUGGGUGCAGGGCAACGUAUGGGCUAUCCACCACCACGAGCGCGAAUUCCCUGACCCAGACCGUUUCUUCCCGGACAGGUACUUACCAGACAACGACCACCACCGACCAUUUCCAGGCGAAAAAGAUAAGGGGUACAUGACCUUUGGCUGGGGAAGGCGGGUCUGCUCUGGUCAGGCGCUGGCGGAACAGGGGACUUGGAUUACUGUUGCGCGAUUGUUGUGGGCUUUUAGUAUAAGGAAGUAUCACGACCCCGAAACGGGAAAGGAGGAAGAGGUGGAUAUCUUUGCUUAUACCAACGGGCUGAAUAUGCGGCCGCAGCCUUUCAAGUGCGAGAUCAUGGUGAGGAGUGAGGAGAUUAGGGAGACGGUGGUGAAGGAGGGGGAGGAGGCGCUGAGGGAUUUAGCGGGGUUGGAGGGGGAGAGUAAGUAUAGGAUGUCGACGUUUUAUCAGCAGAAGAUGAGGGAGGUGGCCGAGAUGCCCGAGUUUGAUGAGAAGGGGAAUGUUAGGAUGGUGAAGGUUAAUGAGGUUAUUCAGGGGUUUGUUUACAUCAAGCGGACCAUUUCCACCAGGUCCCACAAGUCCCACAUCACCAAGCGCAAAAAAACACAAAAGAUUGGUCUCUCCCGCCGGGAAUUGAACCCGGGUCUCGAGCGAAUCGAACUGAUGUUCAAGCUUGACAAGCUCACAUACUGA